AUGAAGUUCUCUCAAUCCCUCCUCUUCGCCCUCCCCUUCCUCCAAUCCGCCGCAGCCCAGGGUGGCGGCAUGGUCGGCAUCGGCUGGUCCGUGGAGAACGUCACCGACGCAGGCUUGAGUGAGAUUUACUUCCCAAUGGACAUCUCCGGCUCUCCCCACGAAGGCGGCUUCUACUUUGCCCAGCAAUUCGGGUUCGUCAACCAAGACAACGUCGGCUACACCGGUUUGCAGCCCCGUCCCAACGACAAUGGCCUUCCCGUCAUCCACGGAGUCUUCUCCAGCUUCAAUGAGGGCACAACCUCCGACGACCCUAACUGCAGUGACGGUGCUGACGGCGGUGCUGGCGUGAGCUGCGCUGUUGAGAUCGUUAGCUCUUUCGAGCACCAAUACCAGCUUCACAUCAAGAAUACCGAGGGAACGAAGUGGGUCGGGACUCUUGUUGAUGUUGUUAAGGGGAACAGCACUCAGAUCGGCUCUUACACUCUUCCUGCUGGAUCGAAGGGUAUUCAGAGCUCCCAGAUGGGCUUUGUUGAAUUGUACGGCUGGAACGAUGACAAGAAGGAGCAUGUUUGCUCGGAUGUGCCUAAGCACUCGGUUAUUUUCGGUGCCCCUAUCUCCAAGGGUUACUCUGGAGCCGUGAGUGAUCCUUAUGAGUACGGUGACUGUGUUGGUGAGUCUCAGUUUGAGGCCCACAGCCACUCUGAUGGCAGCUACUCUGUCACUGUUGGGUGGUAA